AUGUCCGAUUUCGGUGACGACGAUGUUGGUGGUGGCCGUGACGACGUCUUUGAGGAAGAAGAUGUGACCGAGUUUUUCGAGCCCGAAGUCGCAGAGGGGGAUGAAGAUCAGGACCAGCUGGCCAAUGGCGAGGACCAGGACAAUAUCGUCGUCUCGGGCGACCCUUCUGCGGCCGCCAACGCCAGCCGUACCGACAAGUCAAGCAGAGAUAAAAAGAUUCCCGACGAGGAGCGCAAUACGACACCAUACAUGACCAAAUACGAGAGAGCGCGCAUCCUGGGUACCCGCGCUUUGCAGAUUAGCAUGAAUGCGCCUGUGCUAGUCGACCUGGAAGGCGAGACGGAUCCUCUGCAGAUUGCCAUCAAGGAGCUCCGCGAGAAGAAGAUUCCUCUGAUUGUGCGCCGAUACCUGCCGGAUGGCUACUACGAGGACUGGACCUGCGAAGAGCUUCUUCAACUUGGGCAUCGUAUUGGCUCAACGGCUGCCAUGACCAACAACGAGAGACAUGCAGCCGAAGGCGAUCCGCUGCUGCCGCCAAGAGGCUUGACCAACCCCUUCGAAGCCGAUGCUACCAACUUCAGCUCUGUCGCCACCGCCACAGCCGCCGCCGCCGCCCACGACCACGACCACGAUGACAAUGCCGACAACCGCACCACGGCGCAGCGGCUGCGCAUCGCCAUCCCGUGCCUGCUAUGCUUCUUCUGCCUCGUCGUGGGCGAGGCGCUGCUGACGACGCCGGUGCUCCAGAUCCGCGAGAACCUCAUCUGUCGCGCCAUGUUCCCCGACCUGCUGCCGUCUGGUGCGGACCUCAGCCGGCAUCCCCUCUGCAAGAGCAACCGCGUGCAGGUGGAGCUGGCUCUGGUCAACGGAUGGGAGCUUACCUUUAUGCUGCUGCCCAGCAUCCUGACGGGUGUGUCCUGGGGCAUUGCGGCUGACCGCCACGGGCGCAUGCGCAUCUUGCAGCUGGCCAACCUGGGCGUGCUGCUGUCGCUCUUUUGGCAGGUGACCGUGUACAGCUUCCCGGACGUGUUGCCGCUCCGCCUGGUGUGGCUGCAGGGCGCCUUCUUACUUCUCGGCGGCGGCGCAUCCACCUACAUGGCGCUUCUGUACACCAUUGCCAGCGACAUCUCGAGCGAGGCGUACCGCGCGACCGCGAUCCUCUACCUCGGGACCGCGUUUCACACCGCCACCCUGCUCGGCGGGCCCAUCACCUACUUUGCCAUGCGCCGCGGCGCGCGCUUCGCUUUUGGCCUCGGCAUUGGCUUUUGGGUCCUCGUCUUGGCCCUGACGACCGUGAUCCCCGAGACGCGCAGCGAUGCCGCGGUGAGGCGUGCGCGGGCGGAUGCCCUGCAGGAUGACGCCGACGCGACGAAACAUGCCUGGUGGGACAUUCGCCCGCUGGUUUGGGAUCUGGUUCGGCAGACUAGGAUGGUGACCAGGAUCAUCUUCCUGAAGAACGCCACGCUGGGCAUCCUGCUCUUCAGCACCAUCUUUUCGACCUUGGGCAAGGCGGGUGAUAACCUGAAGCAGCAGUACGCUGCGAAGCGUUUUGGCUGGACCAUGGCCGAGACGUCAUUUUUGGAUUCCAUCAAAGGAGCAGUCAGCAUUAUCCUCACCGCGGCGAUUCUUCCCGCAAUCAGCCAGGUCUUGCUGGCCAAGUUCCGGCUGCCUCCCAUCAUCAAGGAUUGGUGGAUGACCAUUGGCAGCUUGUGUAUGGUCGUCAUCGGGAGCGCCUGUCUCACUGCUGCUGGGAGCGGCGGCGUCUUCAUUGCCAGCUUGGUGAUUCAGCAGCUGGGUGGUGGCUAUGAAUUCGCGUUUCGCAGCAUGGCUUCCGAGAUGGUUGACUCGUCCCAUAUUGCCAUGCUCUUUACAGCACACUCAGUCUUCCAGCUAGUCAGUGAGGCUGGGGCUGGUCCCGUUCUCGCCACCGUCUUCAGAAUGGGGCUUGAUGUCGGCGCAUCCGAGAGCGCAAAAGCAUAG